AUACAUUCCAUACCGCUGCAACUGCAUUUCUGAUGCUAUGUAUCUACGAGACACUUUCAUACUUUUCAUACUUUUCAUACUUUUGCCCAACGCUUUCAGGUUUAAAUCAAACUCUCUCUAGUGGGAAAGUGCUUCUCACUAUCACUUAUCACUAUCCACUUCAUAUCUCCUUACAUUCUUGUAAUUAUCAAACCAUUUUUUUCCUCCCCUUUAUCCUUCAUGUACCUAAUAAUCAACCUCUUAUUUUCAUAAAACUCAAAUAUACUUUUUUUAUUAGCUUCUACAUAAAGUGUUGAAGGUCACAAUCCGCAACGAACCCAAGCCAAGGCUAAGAUCAGGAGACCAGGAAGCAAUGCAAUGUUGAUGCCGGUCCGACGUUGAUUGAUAGGUCAUUUGAAAGACCUGAUAAUGAGCAAACAGAACAUCCCAACCUUUAAAUAAGAACCUUAUCACCACUUCAAAAUCAAAAAGUAAUAAAUUCUUUCAAUCCUCAAAAACACUUCGAAUCAAAAACACAUCCUCUCCAUCAACAGCUCGAUAAUUUCAUUGAGCACUUCCACAUUUCUCUUGAAAUAUCCAAGAAUCUUCUUCCGAACUCCUACUCAUCGAUUGUCAACACGAACUCCCGUAUCGUCAACUUCAUUCCAACUAUCCUCACGAGGUCACCCACAAGAUCAUCCACCUCAUUUCUGCUGUUCCACACGUGAUUAUUAGAUCGUAUCUCCUCAACUUUAUUGCUUCCGCAUAGCAUUGCUGCUGCUGUCUUUAAGACUCUAUCCAAAACUUAGAACUUACUUUAUGGUUAGUUCUUUCCUCACGGUUACCACGUAUUUACUAAUUAUAUUCAGACCAUGAAUGGCUCUGCCACAACCACCGAGGCCGCUGUAGCCAUCCGAGCACAUCAUCCUACACACGAUGUCCUAGAAAUACCAAUGGGUCUUACACAACAAGACAUCAUUCAGAUCACUCUUACUGGACCAGGUCUCAUCCUCACCAUCCUAGGUAUCAUCAUCAGCAUCAAUCUUUUCCAGCCAUCCCUAACCUGCACCCUCAUCGCCUUGGCACCGAUACCAUGGAUCAUCUACAACGACUAUCACAACUUCAUAUCCUUAGGUCCAGGAGGAACUCCCUCUACUCUACUUGGAUACGUCAAAAUCACAUAUCUCCGCAUAUUCGCUCUUUCCGAUCCCUACAGCCCCCCAAAUGCCUCUGAUGAUACACAUCCCACGAUCGGUUACAUUCAACGCGCUCGUCCCCACCUUCCCAUCCGCAGUGGUCCACGUCCCAAAGUCGCCGGUAUCGCUCCCCAGAGACAAAUAAGCCAAUAUGGUUCUCGAGCCAUGUACCAACUUCUCCGCACCAGCCUCAACAACCUCGCACACCGUCACUCGGACAAACUCAAGACAGACGUAUCAUGUUUUGAAAAGAAAGGACUUGCACUCUUCGCCCUCGAUCCCAUCAACGCCACCUGCAAGGGAGAAAUCUGUCAUGUGCAUCACAGCGACAAUAGUUUCCACAUGAACCUACAUCCUCACGAUGCCAAAGUUAUCCUGGAAAAGGGUUGGGGAGAAAGACAUCCGAUGGCUGGUGCCUCGACACCAAAAGCUAUUUCGAAUUUCCUGUCCUAUCUUCCAAAAUCUCUAUCUGCAUGGCUCUCACCAAGAGUUGUCCCCGAUCAAUUCGUUCUGAUAUAUGCACCGAGGAAUAGAGAGGAACUACAAGUUGUAUGCCACAUCAUCGAGGCGGCUACAUUUUGGGUCAGUGGCGAGCAAGUGACGCUUCCUAUUGAGAGUGUCCCGUUGGGUGAGGAGCCUGUAGGUGCUUAAUGCUUUUUACUUGAGAAUUGGUUUGGAGAUUAAAAUUACGAUUACAAUGGGAAUAGGCUGGAGGUAGAUUAAAUGAAGUGGCAGUGUGGUAGGAAAUAAAUGAUGGCUUAUAAGGAGUGCACGAAAGGGAAUUGCUAGAAUUAACGCUGGAGUAUGGGGUCAAAAUCG